AUGCGAGCAAGUCCACCGACCAGAGACUUGCUCAGCCGGAUACGCGUGUUUGCAGCACAAAGGGAUUUGUCACAGGCAAAACAUCUCUACUCCCUUCUCCAACAAAACAGAUACUGUCUGGACAAGCUCACCACGAAUCAGCUCAUGAGAAUGUUUGGCAAGUGCGGGAGCGUCGAGGAUGCCCGCAAAUUGUUUGAUCAGAUUGACAACCCCGACACAGUGCAAUGGAACAUCAUGGUUACUGCAUAUGCCCAAAACGGGCAUUUUCAGAACGCAAAGUCGAUGUUUGAUUCAAGCCCACAGCGUGAUAUGGUUUCUUGGAACACAAUGUGUCAGAGUUUUUCGUGGAGUCACAAAGUUGAUGAAGUGUCUCAAUGCUUGCUAAAGAUGCCACAGCACAACGUAGUCUCGUGGAACAGCCUGCUUUGCACAUUUGCCCAGAACGGGCAUUACCUGAAAGCGCAGGCAUUGUUCGUGGCAAUGCCUGAAAAAGACGUGAUUUCUUGGAACAUUGUCAUCUCCCAGUACGCGGAGAUCGAUCUAGAUCGAGCAAAGUUGCUGUUUGAUCGUGCUCCCCAGCACAGCGUCGUGACUUGGAAUGUUUUGAUUGCGCAUCACUGUGAAGAAUCGAAGAGGGUGUUUGAUACGAUGCCUUGCCGAGAUAUAGUCUCGUGGAACAGUCUCUUAGACGUGGAUCAGGACCAAGAAAUCUUUUCCAAGAUGCCCUCGCACGACGCAAUCUCGUGGAUCACAGUCAUUGCAGGAAAUGCCCGUGAGGGGCAUCUGGAUUGUGCCAUGGAUCUCUUCGAUCGCUCGCCAAGCCGAUCGCUGGCGCUGUGGAACGUCAUCCUCUCCGGAUUCGCGAGCUCCGGGGACGUGAAUCGAGCUCGAUCGAUCCUCUCUUCCAUGCCCCGGACGGAUGUGAUCUCGUGGAACUCGCUCCUCGCGGGACUGCUCGAGUUUUCUUCUCUCCGCGACGCAGGCGAGCUCUUCACAGCGAUGCCGCACAGAAAUCUCUCGUCGUGGACGCUGCUCGUGGGCGGAUACGCGCAGCACUGCGAAACGCCCCGCCAGGCCGCCGCGAUCUUGCUCGAAUCGAUGCCGCAGUGGGACCUUGUGCCGUGGAAUGCCGUGCUCUCGGGGAUGGCGCGCGCGGGCGACGCCGCUGGAGCCAAAGAUCUCUUUGAUCGGAUGCCGGAUCAUCGCAAUGCCGUGAGCUGGAUCAUCUUGUGCGAGCUUGGCUGCUCGAUGAUCCCAUUUGAGGCGUUUGACAAGAUGCCCGAGCACGGUACCGCGGCGGUACUCGCCGUGGUGGCCGCCUAUGCGCGGUGCCUGCGGUGGGAUACCGCGCGGUACCUCUUCGAGACGCUUCCUCACCGUACCCUGGUGGCGUGGAACGCGUACCUCGCGCUGUGCGUCGCUCAGCCAGCGCUGGCCCGGCCCGCCGCGGUACUGGGCCGGAUGCCGCAGUGGAGCGCCGUGUCGUGGAGCUCGAUCGUGGCGGCCAGCGGCAAGAACUCCAAGCUGGGCAUGGAUCCCGACGAGGAGGAGGCGAGGUUGCUGAUAGAAAUGACCGCGGCGGCAGCAAUUAAUUCGUCCUCCCCCUCCCCGGAGCCGCGAUCGAUCGCGCUAGCGACGACGCUGCUCGUGGCGCACGCCCUGAAUGGCGAUACCGCCAGCGCCAAGUCGGUGUUUGACGAUACCGCGCGGCGCGACGUGGUGGCGUGGACCGCAAUGGUGACGGCUUCGUCAAUGGGCAAGGACCCCGACCAUGCUGCCGCGGUACACCGCCGGAUGCCAGCCAUCAUCGCGGGGCUCGCUCACAAUGGCCUUCCGCGAUUGGCCAUCGAUCUCUUCGAGAACGAGAUGGAUCUACCGCCCAACGAGGUGACGCUCACGACGCUCCUGGAUGCCUGCGCGGAGCUGGGCGAUCUGGCGCUGGGGAUCGCCCUCCACAAACGCUGCGCAGAGCUCGACCUCGAUCGCCGCAGCGUCGUCGCCACCGCGCUGCUCGACAUGUACUCUCGGUGUGGGCGCGUGGAUCAAGCCAAGCGCGUGUUUGAUUCCAUGCGCGCCAGGGAUGAGCGCGUCGAUCUCGUGACGUGGAACGCUAUGAUCGCUGGAUUCGCGAGGAGCGGCCACUCCAUCGAAGCCCUGGAGCUCUACCGCGAGCUGGAGAAGCUCGAUCGUGAGCUCCAGCCCGACGCCUCCACCUUCGCGGCGGUGAUAGAUGCCUGUGCCAGCGCGGUACCGCCGGCGGUAUCCGAGGGGAGAGCGAUCCACCGGCAAGCGAUCGCGCGCCGGAUGGAUCACGAUCCGGUCGUGGGCAGCUCGCUGGUGGCGAUGUACACCAGGAUCGGCGGAUUAGACGCUGCCCAGCGAUGCUUCGAUAGGAUCACUGCCAGGAACACGGUGGCCUGGAACUCCAUGCUGGUGGGAUUCGCGAACCACGGCAGCGGCACUGGGGUGAUCCAAAGCUUCCACGCGAUGCAGCUGGACGGGGCGAUCGCGGACGCCGUGACGUUCGUGGCGGUGCUGAGCUCGUGCUCCCACGCGGGAUGGAUCGUCGAGGCCGGGCAGUGCUUCCAAUCCAUGGCGGCGGAUUUCUUCAUCGCAGCCACGCCAGAGCACUACAGUGCGAUCGGGGAUCUCUUCGCGCGGCUGGGGCAGAUUGGCGAGGCGCGCUCACUCAUCCGGGCCAAGCCCUACGAAUCCAGCGCCGCGGAUUGGAUGAGCCUGCUAUCGGCGUGCCGGAUCCACUGCGACGUCGAGCACGGCGCGAGCGCAGCGGCGCAGGCAUUCGAAUUCGGCGAGCUUGACGAUCCCAUCGCCGCCGCCAGUGGCACUUGCAAGCUCUUGCUGGGCAUGUUCUCCGCCCUCUGA